AGGUCGGCUGCGCCUGCCCACUACGCCUGCGUACGGAGUGCUGCGUUUCGGGACUUGUAGUUUUCCCAGUGGAAGUCGCGGUUUGUGUGCGGCUGGGCGCUGGAGGCUCCGCCGCCAAGAGCAAUCAGACCUUCCAGCUCCCUGGACGUGACCUUCCAGCCGCCUCUCAUGUGCUUGUCUGGUGGGGGUUUGUGUUGAUCAGGAGUGAAUUUACAGUUGCUGUACAAUGAACUGGAAGGUUCUUGAACAUGUGCCCCUGCUGCUGUAUAUCUUGGCAGCAAAAACAUUAAUUCUCUGCAUGGCAUUUGCUGGAGUGAAAAUAUACCAAAGAAAAAGAUUGGAAGCAAAACAACAAAAACUGGAGGCUGAAAGGAAGAAGCAAUCAGAGAAAAAAGAUAACUGAAGGUGAGUUACCGGACCUUGCAAAUGGGAGCUGGCCAGUGGGGUGACCAAUGAAUGAAUGAGAGAGGCCUGAGGCUUCACUGUCCGUCGGGUCGGAAGGGCUGCCUGGGGACAUGUGGCCUCACCUGUUCUCAAUAAGGGCCAGGUGUGCAGAUCCUGGGCCUGGAAUCUGAAUGCUGCUGAGCCGAGGCUCACAGAGGGUUAGUUCAUCCUUCUCGAAACCUGCAGUGCAGUGGUUCUUCACAGGUAUUGGGUUAAGAAUUGAGGACUUAGUGACGCUCUGGACCUACUUCCCAGAGAAGCAUAUACUAAAACCAUCUGCAUUUGUGUGGGGAGAAGUUUGCAGAUGUGAGGAGUCAAGGUCAUUUGAAAUUCUAAGAUUAAGAAACCCUGUUAUCUUUAAGAUAAAGUCUGACUCCUUGGCAUGACAAACAAAUCCCUUCCCAGUCUGGCCCCAACCCAGACUUCAUUUGCCACUUUUGCCCACUCCCCGCAGGCCAUUCCUCGGCCACCAUGGCCUUUGGCCUUGCUCAUUAGGUUCUUCCCAAGGACCUCGUCACCAGGCCUGAGGGCGCACUCGUUGCUGUCACCCAGUGGCUAUCACCUGUCACAGUGCACACUGGUGGGCUUAGAACAUACUUGGGGAGUUACAAUACAUCAAGGCACCAGAAAGUUACUGUUAAGCCCCUGUUACAGAUUUAGCACCUGACAAUUCACAGCUACCUUGAUUGUGGUUCUUCACUUUGCAGGUUGAGUUUUGUACUUUAAAAAUUGGAGGAUUCAGCCAGUGUGGUGGCUCGUGCCUGUAAUCCCAGUGCUUUGGGAGGCAGAGGUGGGAGGAUUUCUUGAGCCGAGGAGUUUAAGACCAGCCUGGCAACAUAGGGAGACUCUGUCUCUGCAAAAACUAAAA